UACUAUCAGCAACAGCUUUCUGUAGGAGAGCAUAAACCAGGUUCCAGCUGAAGAGGAAAUUAAGAAAAGACGAUGGAAAUGGAUAGAACAUACUUUAGGGAAAUCAUCAAGCUGCACUACGAGACAAGCGCUAACUUGGAAUCCUGAAGGGAGGCGGAAAAGAGGAAGGCCAAAGAACACAUUACGUCGGGAAAUAGAAGCGGAUAUGAAAAGGAUGAAUAAGAACUGGAAAGAGCUUGAAAGGAUUGCCCAGGACAGGGUUGGAUGGAGAAUGCUGGUGAGCGGCCUAUGCUCCUUCACGAGGAGUAACAGGCGUAAGUAAAGGUAUGCUAGAAAGACGCGGAUAUCGCUCACUUCAUAUUAGUCGUUUACAAUUGAAACGAUGGUCAUCUUAUCUUGCUACUGCGUUUGCGAUUCUCUCGUUUGUUUUUAUUUCUGGUGGAAUUUGGCUUCUUGAAAAUAAUAGAAUCGAGUCUGAAAUUAUCGGCAGGCGAUAUUAUUACGAAGAAGGAGUUUUGUUUAUAAUCAUUGGGAUACUAUUGCUUCUUUCGCUUGUUUGUCAAGCUUUUAUGAUUCAUCUAUUGUUUGUUGCAAAAAAGCCAUGGAGAUUUACUGAAGUCAAGGUAAAGAGAGCAGUUGCACUGUAUUUAGUUUUUCUGUUUGCAGUGACAAUUCCUCAUAUUUAUUGUUUGUACCAUGUGAAAACAAUUAGAACAAAAGUACGUACAUCUUGUUUUUACUUACAGCUUAUGUUUCAUUACUCACAUACAUGUUAGUUGAAUAAUAUCUACUUAUUAGUAGAUAUCUUGCUCUAACAAUAUUCGUGUAAUCCUAAUGUUUGCUUUAGCUUUUAAGAUAAUCUUUAUAUCAAAUUAUAUUGUCACGUCCAACAUAAAGCGACUUUUUCACUGUUUACUAGUGAGCUAGGCGUCUGAGAAGUUAAUCUCAUUUAUAAAAACGUUUGUUGUAGAUUAUUCAUUCGAAUUCCAUUCAGCAAUUAGUAUUGAAGUAUUACCUCUUUAAGACUUUGAGCUUUCUGUAUCCAUCUAGAGACCAUCUUAAAUUUAGCCUUAUCAUAUUACACAUAAAAGUAAAGUUUGAAAUUAACUUUUUAUGGGUUGUCAAAUAAUUUCUUUUGCAGUUCAAUCUUUUCUCCCCAGAAUAUUCUAUUAUGUAUUUUGAUAGUAAAUCCAACUAAUAAUCAUACUCUCCAGUUUAUGUUCCAAAUACCGUCGAAUAUUUUAUUGGUAAAACGACUUUCUAUUUGCAUUACUUCUUUGAGAAUAUACAAAAAUAUCUUUAAUAUAGAGACUGUAUUUUUUACAUUUUGUUACUUGUAUAUAUUAUGAACUUUCACUGUUACGUCACUGUUACAACAAGAUAUCCUAUUAUUGAGGAACCCGUUAAUAUCUCCAUUAUUUUACCAAAAACAUCCUAGUAUUGAACUAAAGGUACAUUGUUAGGAAAUGUAUGCUUGAGAUGACAAUUUUUCUUUGCUUAAAGUCAUAUUGGCAAAAUCAUGUGUAACAUAUAGCUGGAAAAUUGUGAAUGGAUCAACAUGAAAGUCUAGUUGUACUAAAUAAUAUCAUUUCCAAUUAUCUUUAAUGUGUCUUUAAAUUUUUUUGAGUUAUCUACGUUAUUCACUGGGGGUGGUUGAUUAAAAAACUAAUUUCUCUAGAUGGUUUUUCAAACACAUUAAAAGAUAAUGUCACUAAGAAUGUAGCGUAAAUGACGUAAAAUAUCUCUUAUAUGUUAUUUUAAGUUCUUCCUUACAUGUACCCGAUAUUCGGGUUUUUGUAUUGUCAGGAUAUUGUCAGGGUAUAAAUGGCUG